GGGGGCGGCUGCGGGCGGAGGUGCGCUCGCCACCAGCCCCAAAGUCAUUUCCCAUCUCCCGUGCACUUUGUUCCAACUAUUGGGGGCGUCGCUGCCCCUCUUCAUGGUCGCGGGCAAACUUCCUCCCCGGCGCCGCUUCUAAUGGAGCCCCACCUGCUCGGGCCGCUCCUCGGCCUCCUGCUCGCCGGCACCCGCGUCCUCGCCGGCUACCCAAUUUGGUGGUCCCUGGCCCUGGGCCAGCAGUACACAUCCCUGGGCUCACAGCCCCUGCUCUGCGGCUCCAUCCCCGGCCUGGUCCCCAAGCAGCUGCGUUUCUGCCGCAACUACAUCGAGAUCAUGCCCAGCGUGGCCGAGGGCGUGAAGCUGGGUAUCCAGGAGUGCCAGCACCAGUUCCGGGGCCGCCGCUGGAACUGCACCACCAUCGAUGACAGCUUGGCCAUCUUUGGGCCCGUCCUGGACAAAGCCACGCGCGAGUCCGCCUUUGUGCACGCCAUCGCCUCGGCCGGCGUGGCCUUCGCCGUCACGCGCUCCUGCGCCGAGGGCACCUCCACCAUCUGCGGCUGCGACUCGCACCACAAGGGCCCCCCUGGCGAGGGCUGGAAGUGGGGUGGCUGCAGCGAGGACGCGGACUUCGGGGUGUUGGUGUCCCGGGAGUUCGCGGACGCCCGUGAGAACAGGCCUGACGCGCGCUCUGCCAUGAACAAGCACAACAACGAGGCUGGCCGCACGACCAUCCUGGAUCACAUGCACCUCAAAUGCAAGUGCCACGGGCUGUCGGGCAGCUGCGAGGUGAAGACAUGCUGGUGGGCACAGCCUGACUUCCGCGCCAUCGGCGACUUCCUCAAGGACAAGUAUGACAGCGCCUCGGAGAUGGUGGUGGAGAAGCACCGCGAGUCGCGGGGCUGGGUGGAGACGCUGCGCGCCAAGUACGCGCUCUUCAAGCCGCCCACGGAGCGGGACCUGGUCUACUACGAAAACUCCCCCAACUUCUGCGAGCCCAACCCCGAGACGGGCUCCUUCGGCACCAGGGACCGGACUUGCAAUGUCACCUCCCACGGCAUCGAUGGCUGUGACCUGCUGUGCUGCGGCCGCGGCCACAACACGCGGACGGAGAAGCGCAAGGAGAAGUGCCAGUGCGUGUUCCACUGGUGCUGCUACGUCAGCUGCCAGGAGUGCAUCCGCGUCUAUGACGUGCACACCUGCAAGUAGAGGCCAGGGUCCCAGGACCGGGUGAAGCGUGUGGCCGGGCAAAUUCACCGCAGUCCGCCGGGGAGCAGGUUCUGGAGCCGGGCUGGGGUCUCGGACUGCAGCGCCCACGGCCGCCGACCCCCGUCUCCUGCUCUGGCUGCCCCGGAUGGUGCGUGGAAGGGGCUUUCCUUUUCCUUCUCUAGGGUCUGCUCGCCUCAGGCCCGAGGCUUAUCUUUGCACGUGUGAAAGAAAAUAAAGACGAACAACAAAACGUCUCC